GCAGCCCCGAGUUGGGAAGGAAUUAAGGAGGCUGUGCCUCCGGGUUGCGCGGAGCGUCCCGGUCAUUUCUCGGAAACCUCUGAUAAGUGAACCUCAGAGGAGACGCCGCCGAGCACCGCCAGAAUCGGAAAACCCACCCCUGUCUGCCUGCUUGGGAGAGACACAGAAGUUGGCACUUUCUGAGUGAAGCUGAGGAAAAGGCUGUAAAUCAGCCAGAAGAGGCUCCAAGUGCUCCUUCAGCGCGAGGGAGCAGAGAUGGCUGCUGGAGGCAGGUGAACCCCACGAGGAGAGAUGGCUUCUGGCCUGGGCCCCGCUUAGCAGCAGCUGCAAUUCCUCAGCUGGCCGGUGGGGAUGUGCCACUAGGCCACCAUGGACGGAGCCCACAGCGCCACCCUGCAGCUGCAGCAGCUCCCGCCCACCAGCAGCGCCAGCUCCACGAGCGAGGGCUCCUUCUCCUACAAGGAAAAUUUGAUCGGCGCCCUCUUGGCGAUUUUUGGGCACCUUGUGGUCAGCAUUGCCCUUAAUCUCCAGAAGUAUUGCCACAUCCGCCUGGCAGGCUCCAAGGACCCCCGGGCCUAUUUCAAGACCAAGACAUGGUGGCUGGGCCUGUUCCUGAUGCUGCUUGGUGAGCUGGGCGUGUUCGCCUCCUACGCCUUCGCUCCACUCUCCCUGAUCGUGCCCCUCAGCGCAGUCUCCGUGAUAGCCAGCUCCAUCAUAGGAAUCAUAUUCAUCAAAGAAAAAUGGAAACCUAAAGAGUUUCUGAGGCGCUAUGUCUUGUCCUUUGUUGGCUGUGGUUUGGCUGUCGUGGGUACCUACCUGCUGGUGACAUUUGCACCCAACAGUCAUGAGAAGAUGACGGGCGAGAACGUCACCAGGCACCUUGUGAGCUGGCCUUUCCUCUUGUACGUGCUUGUGGAGAUCAUCCUGUUCUGCUUGCUGCUGUACUUCUACAAGGAGAAGAAUGCCAACAGCAUCAUCGUCAUCCUUCUCUUGGUGGCAUUACUCGGCUCCAUGACAGUGGUGACAGUCAAGGCCGUGGCCGGAAUGCUUGUCUUGUCCAUUCAAGGGAACCUGCAGCUCGACUACCCCAUCUUCUACGUGAUGUUCGUGUGCAUGGUGGCAACCGCCGUCUACCAAGCCGCGUUUUUAAGUCAAGCCUCACAGAUGUAUGACUCUUCUCUGAUUGCCAGCGUGGGCUACAUUCUGUCUACCACUGUCGCUAUCACAGCAGGCGCAAUAUUUUACCUGGACUUCAUCGGGGAGGACGUGCUACACAUCUGCAUGUUUGCACUGGGGUGCCUCAUCGCAUUCUUGGGCGUCUUCUUAAUCACACGUAACAGGAAGAAGGCCAUUCCAUUUGAGCCCUAUAUCUCCAUGGAUGCCAUGCCAGGUAUGCAGAACAUGCAUGACAAGGGGAUGACUGUCCAGCCUGACCUCAAAGCUUCUUUUUCCUACGGGGCCCUGGAAAACAACGACAACAUUUCAGAGAUCUACACCCCUGCCACCCUGCCGGUCAUGCAAGAGGAGCACGGCCCCAGAAGCACCUCUGGGGUUCCCUACCGAGUCCUGGAGCACACCAAGAAGGAAUGAGGCUCACUCCCUUGAUUUACAGCUGUUCAAGCGAGGCUGGCAGUGGCUCAACCCUUAGUUCUAAAACUUGCCUUUCAAGUCUCAUGUUUUUAAACUGAGAACUGUAUGGAUAGCGAUCUUAGAAAGUCUUUGUCUCUGGCGAAGGAUACGUUAUCUUGGUCUUGGAAAUUUCAAAUGAUGGGGGUGAGGGUGAGGGGAUAAAAGGGUAUUCCAGGUGGGAGGUAUGGAAUUCAGCCUCUGCCCGGUUUAGCCCAGUGGGAUUUGGAAGCCACCUUACCAUCGGCAGGAUGGGAACUGAGCUCCCUCAGUCCGUGGCCAAAGGUUGCCCCAUUCUUCAGGAGCUAAGGCAAGGCAGAGAUUCCUCUUACUUCUCAGAUCCAGUGAAAGGCUGGAGACCUCUAAAUCUGUCUUCCUUCACUUCACGUGCAUGCCUGAUCUCUGCCCGCCUCACUCAUGACGCUAGGUGUGUGAUAACAUUCACAAUUGUCCUCAUGUGGCUCAGUGGGCCAACCCUGAGCCAGACUUCACUCUCGUGCAGGAAACAUACAUCUGCCUUCCAGUUGUCUCUGUCCUUCCAACGAAGACAUGCUCGACGUGUUUAUAUUGGAUCUGCUCUGAAAACUAAUUAGGUUUGGGGCCUGUGAGCACUACUUGAUGAUUUUUCCCCCCAGAAGAACAGGGUAGUUAAGGGGAAGAUUGAGGAGGAUAGGAGCAAGGGGGAGGUUACUGCAGCCGGUAAAGGGAGAAGAAUCCCUCUUAAUCUUGCAAAAGGUGAUUGCACCACUUGAAAAAGGACAGGCAGAACAGCUGGCUGUGUGAUGGGUUAUUUUUUCCCCUGCAUACACGUGCCCCCGGGCAGGCUGGGGGUACUCAUUUCAGAGACAGCCUCUCACACAUCUCCACACUCUCCUUGACAAAGUCUCAACCCCGCUGGAGUUAUUGGUCAGUUUCCUUGCAAUCAGUAGGGACUCUCUGGGUCUUCAUCUCCGUGCACACGUGUCUGGGAGAAACGACCAUUCUCAAGAACGGGCUCUUUCUUUCUUUCUGUACAUGACUGUCUUCCCCUAGGCUCACUGUGUACUUUAGAGAGUGGCAGGUGAAGGUUCGCACACCUUAAUGAGCAUAAGGACCUCCUAGGAGUUUAUGUAAAGUGCAGAUUCCUACACCCCAACUGCAGAUACCCUGAUUAAAUGGAACUACAUUCUUAACUGGCACCACCGGUGCUUCUGAUGCCAGUAAUCCAGAGGCCCCACACCUGGAAAGCCUAAUAAUGGAAAAUAAAAAAAGGUCUGCUAAAACCCCCAGGGCCUCAUGCCCCCCUGUUAGGAGGUUAGAGUUACCGGUUGUUUCCUCUCUGGGGUUCUUUUUGGCAGGUGGAAUAAUCCCCAUAGGAUCUGUGGCAUUUCUCCAUCUAGUGACUACUUGUUAGAACUGCACUCACUGCUUCCCUAGACAGCCUUCAACAGGCAAGACAACAGUGUUAAUAGACCAGUGUUGAUAGCUCAUUUAUCUUUAUGGAUUGUGCUUCAUACUGAUUUAGUACCUUGACUUCAGAAACUCCGACAUUUGUUGCCUGUGAUAACCACUUCUGUAUUGUGUCUUGACCACUUCUGUAUUGUGUCUUUAAUGCCUAAGAAGGCAACAGACAGUAACCUUUUUUUCACCUUAGGGUGGGUAUCAACUCAACAAUAUUUAUAAGGCAUUUAUUUACUAUGUGUUAAGCACUUGGAGGGCCAAAGCUACAAAGAUAUGACAUAGUUCCUGCCCUCCAGGCCAGCAGGGGAGACACAAAUACCCAGGAACCUCUCACAGGGCGGGCCAUGAUAGGUUAAGUGCAAUAGUGGGCCACAGAAAAUGAGUCAUGGUUGCCCCGCUAAAGGUCAUGCCCUGAGCCUAAAGGGCCAUUCAGAACUGGUGGUGAUUUGGGCUCCACUCAUAGAUGGGUAGCAAAUCUAGCUAAGAUCUGAGCAAAGCAUAGAAAGUAGGGUGAUCACCCCCCAGGCAGAGGAGCCAGCAUUUUCAAAGGCACAGAGAUGAGGAGUGGAGGUUGGCAAAAAAAAAAAAAGCACCAGGGAAGGUGGUGGGAGACAGGCCUUGAAAGAUAAGUAGUGCAGGCCAAAUCAUGGGGGUCUUGAAUACCUGGCUGAGGAGUGUAAAUCGUAUCCUAGAGGGCAUGGGAGCCAUUGAUAGUUCAUGAGGAAGAGAAUGGCAGGACCAGCACUUAUUGGAAAGGAAGGCUUGUUCAGUGUAGAGGAAGAAUCAGAAGUGGUAAUAAGUUACUUUUCAAGGUCAAGCUCUGAGCCUGCAAGAAUAGAACAGAAAGGAGGAAGUAAAAUCAGGUUUUGCUGCUAUUCAGGUAUUCCUCAUUUCCCAAGUGAUGUUUCUAAGGCUAGGGGGAGGGCUAUUGAGAUGUGGCAGACCUAGGUGAUCAGUAAUUCUGGCAUGUGUGCUCCCGGACUCACUCUGCCCCUCCUUCCCUUUUAUGUUAUGGGCCUUUUAGCGCUGGGCCAGCCAGCUUUCUUGAGAUGAGUGGAUUAAAGUACACUGUAAUUUCAGGUCUGCUGCAGACCUUGGGGACAGCGCCACCCAGGAACUGCUGCUGGGGCCUGGACAGCUCCCCUGCCUUCAGUUUUAGGGCAGUGGCAUCAUUCCCCAGAGCUGAGCCAUGAGAGGGCUGAGCAGAAAAUUAUAGGGUGGUUUCCUGAGUGGGAGUCAAGGGUCGGUCACCUGAGUAAUGGGAAGAACAGGUGGUGUGGAUCCCUCAUCUCCAGGGAUCUGGAUCUGUCCUGAGCUAGCUUCUCCCAGUCUUUGUCCCUAGGGGUAAACAGAGCGUUUGCUGGUGGCAGUAAGCAGCACUGACUGUCGGGAUGGGGAAGAUGAACAUCAGGUUUCCACUCACAACCCUGAUUCUUUAUUUUUACUCAUGGCUCUGACACCCCCAAGCUCUCUUGGAUGCUCUAAGCAACAUUAAAUAUCACACCUGCAUCUCCUUCCUAGCCAGGUGCCUAAAGCAAGCUCACCAAACUUGGGUUUAAACCUCAGUUGCCAUCACAUCAAGCUUCAAGUUCAUGCAGGGUUUUUGCAGUGUGGAGUUGAACGCUGGGUGGCGAAGAGAGGGCUGAUGUCUGCAUUGCUUUCCUGGUGGAAACCAGCCAGCUUAAUGGUCCGGUGUGGAUACAGGACGGCCAUCAGGGUAGCACUGGGGAACCCGCCCUGCAGCCUUGCGAAUUCCAAAUCCAGUCCAACACUGGCUGAUAGGCAAAAAAGUUACUUCUGUGUUCUCUGAGAAGCUGUGUAAAUGAAGUCACCUUAGAAUAUAUUCUAUGUGGAUGCUUAUAUUUUGUUAACUUCAUGACUAAUGUGGCAUGUCUUAUUUUUCAAAAAAAAGUGUACUAUGUGCAAAUAACAUCAUGAAGUGGUAUUUAAUUAAAAAAAAUCCACACAGU